AUGUCUUCCUUCUCUGCUUUCUUUUUCUUGACACAUUGUUUUAUUGUUGAAAUGGAUACUCGCAGAUGCAAGUCCAGCGGCCAAAUAGAAGGAUAAAGGCCUCCUCAGCUUCCAGGCGGAUGUAACACGCAAGACAGCUCUGCCUGCUGCGUAGAAGGCCAUCUUUACGAUAUUUACUAUUGUUCAUCGAAAGUGUCGAGCCGUACAAAGGCAAACCUGACUCUCAGAAGCUUUGAUCGUGGCGGAGAUGGCGACCUACCAUCCGAAUGCGACAAUCAGUACCACAAUGAUUAUGAACUUGUGGUGGCGCUUUCAACUGUAUGGUUCCGCAACGGAAAAAGAUGUAAUCAUUUUAUUAACAUCUAUGGCAAUGGAAAGUGGGUUACGGCUAAGGUUAUUGAUCAGUGCGAUUCCAGAGUGGGCUGUGAUGCUGCUAAUCUGUACGAGCCCCCUAGUGGUAACAACAUUGUUCGAACCACAGAAGCUGUCUGGGAUGCCUUGGGAGUGCCCCGAAGUCAGUGGGGUGCAAGGGAUAUACAUUGGUCUGAUGCAUAAUCUAUAAUGCAAAUCGGGGAAAGCUCUGCCUUUUAUUUUUCAUCUUUGAUAAACGGGGAAUUGUUAGCAAGUUAAAUUUGCCUGGUGAGUAUAGUGAUUUCAACCUCUUAAGCCUAGAAGCUCAACUAAAUAGGAAAAUAUCAAUCACUUAGGGUGUAGCUUAUUUGAGUAGCUUAAAGUAGCCUUCUUUUCCAAUUACGCAUUGAUCGUUUGAGAAUC